UGUGCCAUGCUUAACUUGUACGAGAUGCCCACAGUGGGUCUUAGGCCCUAUAUGUACCCUAGUCCACUUUCUUCGUUGACAAUUGCUAAGUCUCAUUGUUUCAAGCUAUCAAUCCAAAUUAAUAUUUAUUUUUCUUUAAAAAAUGGCGAAGCAAGAAACUUACAGUGAAGCGAGCUCUGUUGCCUCCGAUCUCAUCCACUACUUAAACGCUUCUCCUACAGCUUUUCACGCCGUUGAUGAGGCAAAGAGGCGUUUGAUAAAUGUUGGAUACGUGCAAGUUUCUGAGAGAGAAGAUUGGAAGCUGGAACCCGGCAAGCGAUAUUUCUUCACUAGGAAUCACUCUACCAUUGUUGCAUUUGCCAUUGGUAAAAGAUACGUUGCUGGAAAUGGAUUUUAUGUGGUUGGUGCUCACACUGAUAGUCCUUGCAUUAAGUUGAAGCCUAUUUCCAAGGUAACGAAGGGUGGGUUUUUGGAGGUUGGAGUUCAGCUAUAUGGAAGUGGUUUAUGGCAUACAUGGUUUGAUCGUGAUUUGGCAGUGGCAGGACGGGUGAUAGUAAGAGAAGAAAAGGAUGGCUCUGUUUCCUUUUCACAUCGUCUGGUUAGAAUCGAGGAGCCCAUUAUGCGUGUGCCCACCCUGGCAAUUCACUUAGACAGGAACGUCAAUAAUGAUGGGUUUAAGGUGAACACACAGAAUCAUCUUAUUCCUAUAUUGGCAACUUCUGUUAAGGCAGAGCUCAAUAAAGUGGUUGAGGAAAAUGGUCCCAUCGGAAAUGAAACUGAUGGGAAGAAAUCUACCAUUUACUCAAAACAUCACUCACUUCUACUAGAGAUGAUUGCAAGUCAGCUUGGCUGCAAACCAGAUGAUAUAUGUGAUUUUGAAUUACAAGCAUGUGAUACCCAACCGAGUAUAAUAGGUGGUGCUGUUAAAGAAUUUAUUUUCUCUGGAAGGCUCGAUAAUCUCUGCAUGUCAUUUUGCUCUCUAAAGGCACUGAUAGAUACUACAUCUUCAAAAGACGAUCUUGAGAAUGAGAGUGGUGUUAGAAUGGUGGCGUUGUUUGAUCAUGAAGAGGUUGGAUCUGAUUCAGCACAAGGAGCUGGGUCUCCUGUCAUGUUAGAUGCUAUAUCACGGAUCACAAAUUCCUUCAACUCAGAUUCUAAGCUGCUUCAAAAAGCAAUUCAGAUGAGUUUCCUUGUAUCUGCUGACAUGGCACAUGCCUUUCAUCCCAAUUAUAUGGACAAACAUGAGGAUAAUCAUCAGCCCAAGAUGCAUGGAGGGCUCGUGAUCAAACACAAUGCAAAUCAACGCUAUGCAACCAAUUCGGUUACUUCCUUUUUAUUUGGAGAGAUAGCAUCAAAGCAUAACCUUCCUGUUCAGGAUUUUGUGGUCCGCAAUGACAUGCCUUGUGGUUCGACCAUAGGUCCAAUCCUUGCAAGUGGUGUAGGAAUUCGUACAGUUGAUGUAGGUGCCCCACAGUUUUCAAUGCACAGUAUCCGGGAGAUGUGUGCAGUUGAUGAUGUCAAGUAUUCCUACGAGCAUUUCAAGGCAUUUUUCCAAGAGUUCUCUCAGCUGGAUGCAAAGAUUACAGUUGACAUGUAGGUCUUUGCACCUCAGGUCUUUUCAGGACGUUUCAAUAACUCAGAAAGGCAUCGUGAAAUCACUUGAGCUGUUGUCUAAAUGAUGGCUUAGUUACAUGAUAGAUUGCAGCAUUAAUAUUGUGAGAAGCUUUGACAUGUUAUUAUUAAAGUACUAGCUCAUAUUUUAUCUUCAAAGUAAUAUGAAGAAUGCUACGCUAGAAAAUGACCCAGUAGUUGUCGAAUGAAAUAUAAAAGGGUACUCCAGCUACAUUUUACUUUA